AGCAGUUUUCACAUCGAUAUACUAUUUAUCCUUAAUAACAACAAAUGACUGGUGUCAAUAUGACGAGCACGACCCCUGCAAGAAAAGGUGAUCUGACGUCUGAAGAGAGAGAGAUGCUACAGGUAGCUGCUGCAGGUGAUGUGCAAGAGGCCACCCUGCUGCUCAGCAAUCCAAAUGUGCGUGUUAACUGUUUGGAUGAGUAUGGCAUGACCCCUCUCAUGCAUGCAGCCUAUAAAGGCAAAGCAGACAUGUGCAGACUGCUGCUGCAGCACGGAGCUGAUGUCAACUGUAAUGAGCAUGAGUAUGGUUAUACUGCCCUUAUGUUCGCUGGCCUCUCAGGUAAUGCUGAAAUCACAGAGAUGAUAUUAGAUGCUGGAGCAGAGACAGAUCUGGUCAACUCCGUGGGACGGACUGCUGCUCAGAUGGCUGCUUUUGUGGGUCAGCAUGAUUGUGUGACAGUGAUCAACAAUUUCUUUUCUCGUGCGAGGCUGGAAUACUACACCAUACCCCAAGGCUCAGAGCGAGAACCUAAACUACCCCCUAAACUAGCAGGACCCCUACACAAAAUCAUCAUGACUACUAACCUCAAUCCUGUCAAGAUGGUGAUGCUGGUGAAGGAGGACCCCUUAUUGGUGGACGUGGUGGCCCUGGAGAAGUGCUACCGUGUGAUGGAUUUGCUCUGUGAGCAGUGCGUGAAACAGCAGGACAUGAAUGAGGUUCUGGCCAUGAAGAUGCACUACAUCAGCUGCGUGCUGCAGAAGUGUCUGGCCUUCCUGCAGGAACGCGAUGACAACCUAGAUGCCCUUUUGAAGAGCCUUUUGAAAGGAAGAGAUGGUGAUGGCUUCCCUCAGUACCAGGAGAAAUUCAUCCGUGAUUGUAUCCGGAAGUUUCCCUAUUGUGAGGCAACCCUGCUGCAACAACUGGUCCGAAGUAUAGCACCUGUGGAAAUUGGGAACGACCCCACAGCCUUCUCGGUUCUGACCCAGGCAUUGACGGGCCAGAUGGUGCUUAUGGACACUGAAUACUGUGCUACAUGCGGAGAGAGGGGUGCUGACAAGAAGUGCUCCUUCUGUAAAAUGGUGGUCUACUGUGGGCCGACAUGUCAAAGGCUGCACUGGUUCACACAUAAGAGGCAGUGCAAAACUCCUGUGCCACAGAGAGAUGCUCAACUCAACCGCCAACCCAAACUGAGAGAACUCUCUAGCAGUGCUGAUGACAAUGAUUUAGUGAACGCUGCCAGCUCCAUGCUGGCUCUUUGUCUGGGGUUGUCAAAGUGUGCACUUGAGCACAGUCCUUCUGAUGACCACAGUGAAACCUCUGAAGCCUCUGAAGAUCCUGCUUGUGCUGGAAAAGACUAAGGAACAGAAUGAUUUUGGCUCUUGGCUUCUUUGGCCAGGUGAAGUCCACCAGGCAUCCAGUUCAGCCUCAAUGUGCUGUGCUAUGAUUGGCGCUCUGCCUUUUAUAGGAAACAGCAAACCAUGAUACAGAAGUGUUGGUUUGUAUACUUAUUCUAAGCUGUGUAGGUACCACACAGAAGACAGGACAUGUAGAGCGCAUGACAAACUGAUAAUCAAAGGACAUCCUAUUUUGACUGUGGGCAACUGUUUAAUACUCCAGAGACUGAACAAUUUUGAGGAAAAAAAUAAUUCAUCCCAAAAAAUUUACUCCCUUUAGGCAUUUCAUGAUGUAGAUUUUGUUUCUUCAUGUAAACAGAUUUAGAGAAAUUUAGCAUCACGUACGCUCACCAAUGGAUCCUCUGCAGUGAAUGGGUGCCGUCAGAAUGAGAGUCCAAACAGCUGAUAAAAACAUUACAAUAAUCCACAAAUAAUCCACACCACUCCAGUCUAUCAGUUAACAUCUUGUGAAGUGAAAAGCUGUAUGUUUGCAGAAAGUCCAUCAUUAAGACGUUUUUGAUUUCAAAUCGUUGUUUCUGGUUAAAUUACAAGUCCUUUAUCCAUAAAAUUGCUUUCUCCAGUAAAAAAGUCAUCUCAUCUGAAUCAGGAGAGAAACAUGCACAGAUCAAGCACCGUUUACAAGCGAAAACAGUCCAAAAGAGCACUAAACAAAAACUGUAUGUUGGUGGAUUUUGAUGUGAAAGAACAACAGGGGACAAACUUCUUCACUGGAGAAAGCGUAGACUUUGUAUAAGUGACGAUUAUAGUUAAAAAUGUCAUAAUGAUGAGCUUUUCGCUUCACAAGAUGUUAAUUGAUGAACUUCAGUUGUGUGGAUUACUGUAAUGUUUUUAUCAGCUGUUUGGAUUCUGACGGCACCCAUUCGCUGCAGAGGAUCCACUGGUGAGCAAAUGAUGUAAUGCUAAAUUUCUCCAAAUCUGUUCUGAGGAAGAAACAAACUCAUCUACAUCUUGGAAAGCCUGAGUAAAUGUUUAGCAAAUUUUGUUUUUCGUGUGAUCUAUUUUUGUUUGGGUUGUACGUUUUUCACUCUGUUUCUAAUUUGUGUUUGUUUUUUAAUUCUGCUGUAUUUCUCACAUAAUUUUCUUUUACAGUAGAACCUCUAAAAUAGCUCAUGUUGAAGGCUUAAUUUUAUCCAAACAUGGAAGAGGAACUUUUUUCCUUUGUCAAAUAAAGAAAUGCCUGUAAUGCGUACAUUUUAAUUCAAUAGUUUUCCACUAGAGGGCAGCGUCCAUCCUCUGAAGACCAAG